AUGGAUCAAGAAACCAUUGAUAGAGAUUACGACGUCAUUGUCCUAGGGACAGGUAUCACAGAGUGUAUACUGUCUGGUCUCUUGUCUGUUGAAGGAAAGAAAGUGUUGCACAUAGACAAGCAAGACCACUAUGGUGGUGAAGCUGCCUCUAUCACUCUUUCUCAACUGUACAGCAAGUUUAAGCAGAAUCCAUUAUCUAAGGAGGACCGUGAGGCUAAGUUUGGUAAGGAUAGGGACUGGAAUGUUGAUCUGAUCCCCAAAUUUUUGAUGGCCAAUGGUGAAUUGACUAACAUACUGGUACACACUGAUGUUACUAGAUAUGUUGAUUUCAAGCAAGUUUCUGGCUCCUAUGUGUUCAAGCAAGGUAAAAUCUACAAAGUGCCUGCCAAUGAAGUAGAGGCAAUCUCAUCGCCAUUGAUGGGUAUCUUUGAGAAACGUAGAAUGAAGAAGUUCUUGGAAUGGAUUAGCUCAUACAAGGAGGAUGACAACAGCACUCACCAAGGUUUGGAUCUAGACAAGAACACUAUGGAUGAAGUGUACUAUAAGUUCGGUCUAGGUAACUCGACAAAAGAAUUCAUUGGUCACGCCAUGGCUCUAUGGACCAAUGACGACUAUCUACAACAACCAGCAAGACCAAGUUACGAAAGAAUCCUUCUGUACUGCCAAAGUGUGGCCCGUUACGGUAAGUCGCCAUACCUGUACCCUAUGUACGGUUUAGGUGAACUACCACAAGGGUUUGCACGUUUAUCCGCUAUCUACGGUGGUACGUACAUGCUAGACACACCUAUCGAGGAAGUGCUAUACAGCGACACAGAUAAGAAGUUUGCCGGUGUCAAGACCAAGCUAGGUGAGUUCAAGGCUCCAUUAGUGAUUGCUGAUCCAACCUAUUUCCCUGACAGAUGCAAGUCUACUGGUCAAAGAGUGAUCAGGGCAAUUUGCAUACUAAACCACCCAGUCCCUGGUACAGGCAAUGCUGACUCUUUACAGAUCAUUGUCCCACAAAGUCAAGUCGGUAGAAAGAACGAUAUAUACAUUGCCGUCGUCUCUGAUGCACACCAAGUCUGUUCCAAGGGUCAUUACUUGGCCAUCAUCUCCACUAUAAUCGAGACUGACAAGCCACACAUAGAAUUGGAGCCAGCUUUCAAGCUGUUGGGCCCUAUUGAGGAGAAGUUCAUGGGCAUUGCCGAGCUAUUCGAACCAAAGGACGAUGGAUCCAAGGACAACAUCUUCCUGUCCAGAUCAUACGACGCUUCUUCUCAUUUCGAGUCCAUGACCGACGACGUUAAGGACAUAUACUUAAGAGUGACUGGUCACCCAUUAGUCCUAAAGAAAAGAGCAGAAGAAUGA